AUGAACAUAUUGGAGAAGGUCGGGGACUUCAUCUCGAAGCGGGGUGAGGACCUUCAGAAGCAAAUCUCCGGCGUCCGCGUUUUCUCCGCGUAUAUCACCAAUGCCACAGACGACGUCUUGCAGUUGAUCGGCCAGCCCAUUCUGAGCCAUGCCAGGCAUUGCCGCCACUUCGCAUCACUACAGCCGGGGGAGGCGGGGGUGGUGAGCUUCAGUCACGACGGGGAGCACGGCGGUGCGCUGCAGUUCCGCCUGGGGGAUGACACACUCUUCCUGGGCCAGUACAUGCGCGCCAGCUACUCUUCGCUCUUCGGCAGCGACCAGUUCGUCGUCGAGUUCUCGGGCAAGACGCUGAAUCAAUUCUACGCCGGCAUGCCCCAGGAUUUCAUGGGCGUGCCGGGGCGCGGCACCAGCCGCGCCAUGGGGCUCCUCCACUCCGCGCUGGUGCGCCAGGCGCGAGCCUCCGCCAACUCGGAGGUGGAGGUGAUACUGGUGCCGGCGAAAGACGUUCACAUCGUUGAGGAGCUGGACAGCUUAGACAGCUUGCAGCACCGGGGCCGCAGGCCCAAGAGGCCCAAGAAGAGCGCCAUGAAGAUGAGCCUCGGCGGAUAUCGAGAGCUUCAGGCGAUCAAGGAGAGGGAUCCCGAGUUCUACAAGUUCCUGGUGGAACAGGACCAACAGCUCUUGGACUUCAGAGACGACGAGGGCGAGCCCAGCGAGGCGGAAGGCGAAGGAGCUGAGGGACAUUUGGUGCAGAGCACGAAGACCACGCGGUUUUUGACCCUGGCGCGCUUCAGGCAGAUCGAGGGCUCCGCGAAGGCCUCCUUCAGCGCCUUCAAGGCGGCGGCGAACGCGUACCACUUGGCCGUGAAGUCCAUCAACCAGAAGGAGGGCGAGGAAGGCGACGAGGACCAGCCCGAGCGCAAGAAGCCGCGCUCCGCGAACUCCGUGAAGAAGCAGAAGCGCUACGGCCUGACCAUCGACAGCGAAGAGACGUUUUCGGAGAUCCUGGAGUGGUGCCUCGCCAACUUUGUGGAGCUCUUGGAGCACCACGCGGAGCCAGAGGCGAAGCAGAGAAGCCCUACGCCGGAUCCCACGCACUACUCCGGGUGGAAGCGGGUGAAGAAGAUGAGCCAGAUGUUCUGGGACGAGACGCUGUUCUUGCUGACAAACGCCAAGAGCGUUGAGAUGCAAGAAGCCGUUCUGAGGACCUGCAGCUCGGCCAGGGCUUUGUGCUGGCUUUGGGCAUUCCCGCAGCUGCAGAAGCGGUACCUGAAGUGCUGCUGCAGCCUUUGGUCCUCAGCGCCUUCCAAGGCGCAGCAAUCCUCCACGCGACUGCUGGGCUUCCUCUUCCUCCGCAACGCUGCCGCAAUGGCAACCUUGAGGAAGGGCCUCUCGCUGGAGGCGAUCCUCCGCUCGGUGCUGCGGAGCUUUUUGAACUCGGCGAACGCCAACUUCUCCUGGCGCGCCUGCAGUAGCUUUCGCUUCAUGGAGAACUGCAUCCUGGAGCUCUUCGGCAUGGACGACCAGGUGGCCUACCGGGUGGGCUACGUCUUCAUCCGGCAGCUGGCCCUGGUGCUGCGGAACGUGCUCCUUCAGGGCGCCGAAAAGUCCAAGGAGUCAAAGGCCAAGCAGCCGAAGGCCAAGGCCAAGGCGAAGGGCAAGAAGGAGAAGGACCGGGGUAAGGAGAAGCCCAAGCCCAAGGUGAAGUCAAAGAAGGACCUGGAAAUGCUGAUGGGCUGGCAGUUCGUGCGGGCCAUGUUCCUCUGGACUCGGCUGGUGGGUCUGAAGCCGCUGAAGGAGCUCGCGUAUCCCCUGUGCAUGGUGAUCCUCGGGGCUGUGAAGAGCCGCCUGUCGCUGGACAACGCGCCCUUCGCCUUGCACGGGGUCCGGGCCUUGAACCGCAUCGCCGAACACCUGCAGCAGCUUGUGCCGGUCUCCUCUUUGCUGCUUCGCAUGCUGGAGAUGACCGAGAAAUCCCUGGAGAAUGCCGAGAGGGGCGAAGGCCCUCCGGAUCUGGACGUGGUCUUGCGGCUGCACAACACCAAGCAGGAGACCUUGGAGCGCGUGGGCUGCGGCAUCUGCGAGGCCUUCGUGGAGCACCUGGGCCUCUGCAGCCGCUGCGUGGCCUUCCCGGAGCUCGCGGCGCCCGUGGUGCUCCACCUCAGGAGGCAUAGCAAGCACUGCCGCUCCGAGCCGCUACGGAAGCAGCUCAAAGCGCUGGUGGCAGCCAUUGAGGAGAGCAGCCAGACGGUGCAGCGCUUCCGUGAGCAGCUCACGGAGCCCCCUGCGAACGGGCAGCUGUGCGCUUUGGGCGCCGAGGCCACGGCCUUGGCGAAGCAGCGCCAGCAGCUGCUGCAGAAGCGGCAGGACAAGGAGAAGACCAACGUGGAGGCUGAGCUUUCGGGAGCUCCGCCGCCGAAGAAGCGGAAACGAGAGAAGCAGUGA